AUGUCAUUGCUUGAAGAACAUGAAAAAAGUCAUUUUAAUAAGUUAAUAAUUACAAAUUCAUAUAGCCAUAAAUCUAUUAUGAAAUUAAUAUCAAAUAGGCCUUUAUUUAAUUAUUCAAUGAUGCUGGAAGAAUUUUCACUAAAGAGCUUAGAUAUAAUUGUAUAUUCCUGGAUUGCAGUAAUUUGGCCUGAUGAAAAUUUUGAGGAGUCAAGAAAACAAAUCAUGCAGAUAAAGGAACAAAUUAUAUUGUUUUUAUUCAAGUUAUUUAUUAAAAGUACAAAUUUAAAAUUUUUAAGAAUUGAUAGUGACAAGAUUUUAAAUCAUGUUCCUAACCUUCAACAAACAAUUGGACAAUUUUUAAAUAUUUCAAAACUUGAACUUGGAUACGCAGCUCAACAUAUGUCGAUAAAUUCUAUAAAUUUCUUAGAAAAAAUAUCAACAACAUGUAAUAAAAUAGAUAGUCUAAUCGUUAAAGUCCCUGCAUUUGAGAAUAAUCCUGAAAUUAAAAAUUCUAUUAUAUCGAUUAUAAAUGCGCAGAAGCAAUUAAAAGAAUUUAGCUUCAGGGGUGUAGAUAGCUGGAUUGAAGAAAUAAUCAAAGCAGUAUUUUUGUCUCAAGCUAAUUCAUUAAUAUCUAUCAAACUCGAGUGUGUUAACAUCUCAGAAUCUUCAUUAAAUUCACUUGCUAAAUGCAAAAUUUUGGAAAAUUUUGUGAUUUUAAACUAUUCAGGACUUGUAAAAUUACGCAAUAAUUUCGAAUUUAAAACUUUGAAAAAGUUAUAUAUUAGAAGACCCUUGAUGAAUAUUAAAGUACCAAACUUGAUGGAAUUAACAUUAGAUAUGUUAACACAGAAAGUGAUGCUUUAUAUAAUAGAAAACUGUCCUAAUAUUACUCAUCUUACUCUCAAUAACUAUCGACCAGUUCCUCAUGAUCAAAUAUUUAAAACGUCAAUUCAAAAAUUACACAUAACAUACUUAACCAUUAAUUUUCUAUAUAGCAAAUCGAUUAUUUCUGAAUCUUCGAUUCUAUCAAAAGAAUUUCUUCCACCUUCACUUAGAUAUUUAGUAAUUCAUUAUGUCUUAUGA